AUGAAUUUCUCAGUUUUCUGGCCAAUUUUUGUUGUGCUUCUGUCAAUUUCUCAAAUCUCAGCCGAAGUUAUGGCGAUUUCAAGCGAUCCGAAUUUCUAUCAACUUUUGGCGCCAAGGUAACCACAGUACCCCCUUUAAACUCUACAGUAACCCACGUUGCAGAUUUCGCCGCGCUGAAAUUUGGCGUCGAUUUGACGGCGGCGAAACGGCUCAACUUCAAAAUCUGCUCGAAAAUUUGAGACCGCGAUUUUAA